AUGAGGAAACUUCAAGUGUUAGAUCUUUCUGGAAAUGCUUUUACAGGAUCUAUACCAUAUUCCAUAACAAGAGUGAAGCAGCUAAUGAGAUUGGGCCUUUCAGACAAUCUUUUGUCUGGAAAGAUUCCUGAUUGGUGGUAUGAAUUGCAACAACUCCAUGUAUUAGAUUUGUCAGGGAAUAACCUUUCAGGUAGUAUUCCUCCAGUUCGUUCACCACCCUCACUUUUUUGGUUGAGAUUGUGUCGCAAUAACCAUUCUGGGGAACUUCCUGAAUCAUUGAGGAAUUGCAAUACCUUGCUUGCACUUGAUAUUGGAGACAACAAAAUCAACGGCACCAUACCGGAGUGGUUUGGAGAAAGUCUCUUAUCUUUGCAAAAGCUUAGAAUGACUAGUAAUAUGAUUCAUGGAAAAGUUCCAACGCAACUAUGCCAACUUUCUAACCUCCAAAUUCUCGAUCUGUCACAUAACAAGUUGACAGGUUCUAUCCCUUCCUGCCUGGGAAGCUUGAGAGGUCUUAAGUUUGUGAAGUUUUACAGGUGGUUUCCCAACUAUGGCUAUUUCAGCUAUGUUUUCACACCCGAGAUGGAGUUGGUUGAGCAAGGAACAAAGAAGAGAUACACCUUUAACUUAGAUCAAGUGAAUCUUAUUGAUCUUUCCUGCAACAAUCUUCACGGUGAAAUCCCGAAUGAGAUUACAGGUCUUUCAGCCUUGGGCGCUCUGAAUUUAUCUUGGAACCAAUUAUCAGGAAGAAUUCCAGAGGAGAUGGGGAGAAUGCUGCAAUUGGAGACACUAGACCUUUCCUCUAACCAUCUCUCAGGUUCUAUCCCAUUGAGCAUGACAUCCAUCACGUCACUGAGCCAUCUUAACUUGUCACAUAACAACCUUUGUGGCCCUAUCCCAUCAACAAACCAAUUUGGAACCUUUACCGAUCCUUCAUGUUUUGAAGGCAAUCCGGAACUUUGUGGGAAACCAUUGAUAACGGACUGCUCUCGAGCCAAGAAAAAAGACGAAAGGGAAAUUGAAGAUGAUGAGCAUAAAAUAAGGCUAUGUUUCUUUGAGGGUGCGGGAGUGGGAUUCAUUGUAGCUUUUUUGGCGACAUUUAGCGGCUUGAUGAUAAAGAAGUCGUGGGCUUACUGCUGCUUCCGUUUCAUGGAGGAAUUUGGAGAAAGAACUAUCAGGUGCUGUUUGGCCUUCAUGACUGGCUUGAAUAGUAUUUUUCGCGUCAGAAGGAACUAA